CCGUGUCUAGUUUUGAAUUAUAAUAAUCCAUCACCAAAGAAACAUAAACAACUUUAAAAACAUGGAGAGAGUAUUCUUAAUCUUUUCCUUUCUUAUACUGUUCAUUGGAGCUCAUGUAGUAGUUGCAGAAGAGGUCAGACCUGACAAUUCAGUGAUUUUCGAAGAUGAGUUUAUAGGAAACCUUGAUAUUGAUCUUGAAGAUGAUAUUGAAGGAGAUUUUCUGGAGAUGCCAGGAUGGGAAAGCCGAGGUGGUGGUAAGGUUCUUGUGAAUGUAGAUAGUUUUGGUGCAGUUGGAGAUGGAAUCUCUGAUGAUACUCAGGCCUUUGUCAGUGCAUGGGAGAAAGUAUGUUCUACACAAAAAUCAGUUUUACUAGUGCCUGAACGAAAGAUCUAUCUUGUGAAUGCUACCAGAUUUAAGGGACCAUGUGCUGAUAAAUUAAUUGUUCGGAUAGAUGGAACAAUUGUAGCACCAGAUGAGCCAAAUAACUGGGAUAAACAGAACCCCAGGAUCUGGCUUAAUUUCUCCAAACUUAAGAGAAUAAGUUUUCAAGGUAAGGGUGUUAUUGAUGGCUCAGGUCAAAAGUGGUGGGAUUCAUCUUGCAAACGAAACACGACAAAUCCGUGCAGAGAAGCACCAUCGGCACUGACAAUCGACACUAGCUCGGCAGUGAAUGUGAAGGGUCUUACCAUACAGAACGGCCAACAAAUGAAUUUUGUCAUCUCUCACUGUGACAACGUGCGUAUAACCAAUGUCAAAGUCUCUGCACCAGGAACCAGCCCAAACACCGACGGUAUCCAUAUCACUAAAUCGACCAAUGUUGGGGUGCUGAACUGCAAAAUCGGAACAGGGGAUGAUUGUAUCUCCAUAGUUAAUGGAAGUACAGGAAUCAAGAUGAAGAAUAUUUACUGUGGCCCCGGCCACGGAAUCAGCAUAGGGAGCCUCGGAAAAGACAACAGCACAGGCGUAGUCUCAGGCGUGGUUGUGAACACAGCAUUUCUUAAGGGAACAACGAAUGGACUCAGGAUUAAAACCUGGCAGGGUGGGUCUGGGUUCGUUCGUGCAGUACGUUAUGAGAACGUGAGGAUGGAGGACGUUGCCAACCCUAUCAUCAUUGACCAGUUCUACUGCGAUUCGCCCAAGAGUUGCAAAAAUCAGACGUCAGCUGUGGAAAUUAGCCAAAUCGUAUACCGAAACAUCUCAGGAACAUCAAAGACGGCAAAGGCGAUGAAAUUUGCCUGCAGCGACACAGUACCUUGUAAAAACAUUGUCCUAAACAACGUAAACCUUGAAAGAGAAGAUGGAACAGCAGAGACUUACUGUAAUUCUGCGAUGGGCUUCCACUAUGGGAUGGUCCGACCUUCCGCUGACUGCCUGGCUGAUAAGAUACUAGAAACUUCACUCAUAAAGUCUUAUGAUAAAGAUCCCAUACACACUGAACUCUGAUCUAUCUCUCCUACAGGAACUUUAAUGAUAUCCUUUUAUCGAUAGGUUCCUAAACAAGAUAAGUAUUGUAACCUUCUCUUUUUUUGACAAGUAUUGUAACUGAUAUUUGGGUGGAAAAGGUCCAGUGGAUAAGGUUCUCCCCAAGACAAGUUUUAAGUAAAUACAGAGUUCAUAUAGUUAUAUAUAGAUGUUAUACUUCACGACAUGUAGUGAAAUAGAAGCAAAUAUAAGAUUCGUAUUACCUAAGAACAUUAUAGUGUAAUGAGAUUACAUGAUAUUUUUGCUACUCAUUUUUUCCUUUUCCUA